UUUUUAUCAUUGGAUAUUGUUUAGUGGUUUGAUAUUAGAAUUUCAAACGUGGGUUAUAGUUGCGAAGCGUUUAAACGGUUAUUAAACGUUUAGAUCUCAACAAUGACAGGAUUUGGUUUCGGUGGAUCGUCAUCCACCACCUUUGGAAUGAAUCCUCAAACAACUGCCAGUUCUUUCGGGUUUGGUUCUACAACUACUUCUACUGCUCCAUCAUUUGGAUUUGGAUCUUCUACGUCUGGUACUUCAGGUUCAUCUUUUGGUUUUGGUGCAUCUACAACUAGCACAGCCCCAACGUUUGGAUUUGGAGCUACGACUACUGCAGCACCAACUUUUGGAUUUGGAGCAACUGCUACACCUUUAUCAUCACAAUCAAUUUUUUCUGGUUUAGGUCAAACACAACCAACUACAUCAACUGCUCCAUUUGGAGGAUUUGGAUCAGCAUUUGGAACGGCUAAACCUUUUGGUACAACAGUCACAACUGCAUCACCAUUCAGUUUAACUUCAUCAUUUGCUCAAGGCAACACUGCUCUACAACAACAACAACAACAACAACAACAGCAACAACAACAACCUCUUAAUGCAAAUGAUUUAGUUAUUAAUUCCAUUGUUAAUUGUAAAUUAUUUGGAGAUGAAAGAGAUCAGGUUGUUUGUAAACUCAAUUUAUUGCAAGCCUGUUGGGGCACAGGAAAAGGUUAUUAUGGUUUGAAUACUCCACCUGUUGAUUAUACUCCGCAAAAUCCACUCUGCCGUUUUAAAGCUAUUACAUAUAGUGUAAAACCAACAUCAUCAAGUAGAGAUGCACUUGUAGCAAUAAUUAUAAAUAAAAAAAUGGAUGAUAUAAGAAAACAAGAAGUUCAGUUAACAUCUAAUCUUUUUGCAGUUUUGGGAAGUAAACCUAAUUUAAGUAUUCAUUUAGAUACAUUAAAAUGGUAUACUGAAACCAAAUCAAUGGCUCUAAUAUAUGUCGAAGAGAAACUUCAAAAUGGUAGUACAAAACGAAUUUCCAAUAGUGAUAUAGUUAGCUAUUUAAUACAACCUAAUCCUAAACAACAGUUGUCAACUAUGGGCGUGGAAAAUAUAUUUCCAUAUACUGGUUUUACUGAAGAAAAUUUACGAGAAUAUUUUGAAAAUCCACCGGCUGGAAUAGAUUUAAGAGUAUGGAAACAAGCUCAAGUUGAUAACCCCAAUCCAACAGUGUUCAUACCAGUGCCAAUUGUUGGAUUUUCAGAAUUAUGCUGGAAAUACAAAUGUCAUAAUGAACAGGUAUCGGUACACAAGUUAACUCUUAACAGUAUUGCUGAUAGAUUGACUGAACUAGCUAGAAAAAAAACUAGAGUAGAAUCUAAGCUUGAACAAUACACUGACAAAAUGGAUCAGUUAACACACAGAAUUGUUAAAGUAUUAGUUGGUCAGAUGGUUAUUUUAAAUGCCGGAAUGGCUCUCAGACCUGAGGAAGAAACAAUAAAAAACCAAUUAGAAGUUUUAUACAACGAUAUUAAUUCACCAUUACGAUUCCAAGGAAAGCUUACAGAAAUUGCUACUCUUGUUCGAUUAAAAAAUUCAGAAUUAUCAGAAGACUUGAAAGGUAAUUCAGGUUAUAUCCCUCAAGUGACUGAAGAAAUUAAACAUUUUUUAGAACUUCAACAAACAAUGAUUUCUGAAAUGCAAACAGUGGUUAAAGAAGAUUUCAAUGCUAUACAUUUAAUGAAAGAGUCAUUAAAAAAUGUUAGAUAGUUUUUGGAAUUAUCCAUGAUCAAACAAUAAUUAAUUAUAUGAAUAAUUGUAAUUUAAAGG